AUGGGUGACCGCAGGCCGUCGUUCGGGUCCAAGUCGAUGAAGAAGAUUACGGCGCCCAAGGUGGCGGCGGCCAAGAUGGAAAAGAUCAAGGCGGGCGUGAUCAUGUGGGAGGGCCUGCCGGCGCAGAAGCUGAACAAGAACGACAGGUUGGAGCUGGCGACGCAGGAGGGCAAGGGCCUGGUGCGCGUCCGCAACUAUAAGGGCGGCGAUGCUGGCGAGAUCGUGUUCACGAUGAUGCUGGGCGACGUCCGCAAGUGCGAGGAACCGUACAGCUUCAAGGAGCAGGGCGUGAGCCUGAGCUCGGGCUCGCUGUUCGGCAAGGCGGGGCGGUACCUGGUGCUGGACGGGAUGAACGAGCAGAAGGCGGCGGCGCGCGUGGCCGUCACGAUCGUGGACCCCCAGGCGUGGAUGUCCGCCUUCAGCCUGUUCCCGGAGUUCAGGAAGGGAUGA